GCCAUGAGGUACAACGAGCGGGAGCUGCUGUCCCUGGCCCGGCAGCCUGCCGAGAAGGCGGCCGAGGUGUUGAUGCGGUUGCCCAAGAAAGGGAGCGUGUUAAAGAAACGCCUCGUGAAGCUCGUCGUCAACUUUCUCUUCUACUUCCGGACAGACGAAGCGGAGCCCAUCGGAGCUCUGCUGCUGGAGCAGUGCAGGAUCAUCAAAGAGGAGGAGAACGUCUUCUCGAUCAGUUUCGUUGAGGAUCCGGAGAGGAAAUACUGCUUUGAAUGUGACAGUGAGGAGCAGUGUAAGGAGUGGGUCGACGCGCUGAAGCGAGCCAGCUAUGAGUUCAUGAGGAGGAGCUUGAUCUACUACAGGAACGAGAUCCAGAAAAUGACAGGGAAGGACCCCCUGGAGCAGUACGGGAUCUCCGAGGAAGCCCGAUUCCAGCUGGGGACACACAAGCAUUAAUCCCCUCGCCUGGGCUGAACUGGCCUCUGCCCCCCGAGGGUCACCCCCAGCCCCCCCAGGAACAGCAGCAGUUCCCCACAGCGGUGACCAAGUGACUUUUUAAUUUAUUAGCCAAAUAUUUUUAUAUGAUUUUUUUUUUUUAAAGGGAAUUCAUUGCACAUUCCCACUCGCCCCGGCGGUGGAUCAGCCGGAGCUGCUCCCUGCAGCCCCUGCCCUUGAGCCGGUGCCGCGCAGGGGAGGGAGUGAAACCCGGGGAGGCAGGGACUGAAGAGCUCCCAGUGCCUCCUGUCCUCCAGAGCUGGGGCAGGCCCUGGGCCAGCCUUCACCCUCCUCUUCCUCCCUGCCCUCUCCUGCAGGGAGCUGCUCUGCUCUUCUGGCUCGGGAUCCGCAGCCAUGGAGGGUUCUUCAUCCCCAGAUGUAGGAGGAUGCUCCAGCUGAUUGCAUUUCUGUGCUCGUGGGGUUAACCCUGCUGUGCCCUCUCCACUGCAAAGCCAUUUUGGGGGCUGAGACCUGCAGGCAGAGCCUGAUGGCCAGGUUGUGGAGCGAGGAGGAGGAGGAGCUUGAAGCCUUCCUUUAACACCGGGAGAGCUCAGCCCUAGCUCAGGCUGGCAGGGAGGGGACCUGUGCCAAGGCAGCAGCAUCUCUGCAGCCACCAGCACCAGCCUCUUGGGGUUAUUUUUCUUCUUUUCCCUUCUCUGGGCAGGUGGUGCUAAUUCCUAGAGGCGUGAUGAAGCUCACACUCCAGACACUCUCACAAAUGCACACGAGAAGGAAGCUGCAGAGCAGGGGGCAGCGAGGACAGGGCUGAGAGCUGGGUGCUGGGAUCCUGCCUCCCUCUGCAGCGCCGGGGGCUGGGCUAAGCCCUGCAGUCACUCAGCUUCCAGAGAGGAAAGCCAGAUGGAGGGGGUUUGUAAAGACAGGAGCUGUUGGGCUUUGGCUGGAUGGUUGAGCUUCAGGGCACGCAGAAGUUAAAGCCCGGGGAGCGCUUGAAGGCUGGGUAUUAACACUUCACUCCCUGAGCCUUUGCUGCAGCUUUUCUCCCCAGAAAACUGCCCCGAGGUCACAGCGAGCUGCCGGGAACAAGGGCUGCCUUCCCCAAAGCUCCUGGAAUGAGGAGAUAAGUGUUGGGGAACAAAGUCCCUCCCGGAGGCUCUGCACCUUCAGCCUCAACCUCUGGCUGCAGGAAGGGAAACUGUGCCCGGCACUGAGACACAAAGAGGCUCCCUCCAGCUGCCCCCAGGGCUUCAGCAGACCCAGUUUCCCAAUUCCUUCAGCUCCCCUGGAACUCGCCCAGGAAAAGCUCCAGGAAAGGCCCUUGGGAAGGUGCUGGGUACUGUUUUCAGGCAGAUGAUGAUGGGAGGAGCUCAAAUCGCUGCUGGGGCAGGUGAAUGCUGGGGAGGGGGCUUGGCCUGAGCUCUGGGGGUUUGUGGCUCUGUGUUUGUUGCCCCCUGGCUCGCAGAAAGGCUGCUCUGACCAGCCCCUGGGGAGUGUGUGGGGUUGGAGCAGCUGGUGCUAAGAUCUGGGCUUGGAGGGAAGCUUUGGGUCUCUUCCCCUUUGGCUGGGAAUCAAUGCCAAAAGAAGAGCUUUAGUGGCCUGGCCUUUCCUCUUUACCUCAUGCUGCCGGGUACCAGGAGAGCGGCAGAUGUCACCGAUGCUUUAUUUUUAACCUCAAAGCCAAGAUUUUUCCUUUCCCUCCCCAGAUAUUCCCUUUCCCUCCAACGGUUCCAGGUGCUUGCUCUAGAAAUUACCAAAAUAAGCAGAGGGGCAGCUGCCCUGCGCCAGCAGCUGGGGCCUGGCAGGGUGGCAGCAGAAAAUAGGGCAGGUCUGAAGACAGAUGGCAGCUCCCGGGGAAGCAGCAACGAGGGAUUAAAAGGAACAGAGGAGAAGCUGGUGCUUUAGGGAAUUAGUGUCCUCAAAUGACUUCAAAGUGCAUUUUAAUCCUCACCAGCCUGCGCUGCUUUACCUCAGCGCAGGGGCACGCUCCUGCCGGGCUGGUGAAGCUUUACUUACUGUGAAAAAGGGCCGUGUCUGUCUGGUUGCACGGAGAGGAUGGACAGACAGAUGGACAGGUGUGGUCCAAGCUCCAUGGUGGCACAACCCGAGCUCUGCUGCAGUGGCUGCUCCCUCUCCUGCCGUGGGGUCUGGCAGACGUGGGGUCUCGCCGAUGGGGAGGGGGUUCCCCUUGCAGAUGUGGGGUCCCCCAGCAGGUAUCACCGAUGUGGGGGGUUCCCCUCGCAGAUGUGGGGUCCCCCCACAGGUCUCACAGCUCCCACCAGCCAGGUCCAGGAGCAGAACAUCCACGUCCUGACUCGGCUCCUCAGCUUUCCCCAUCAGUGAGUUCUUCAAAACACCAAGUCAACCCACCGAGAAAGGAAACCCUGGGGGUUUUGCCGACAUUCAGUCAUUUCUAGCAAAAAAAAUCCCACUCUUAAUUGUACAGCAAGGGGCACCUCACUGUUCCUGUUGCCCACCAUGUGCCUUCCAGGACUGUCACCAGUGUCACAUACCCUUCAGGAGGGAGUGACACCCACCAGCCCCACUCUAUGUACAAUGGGCAUUUCUUUUUUUUAUUAAUUUUUUUUUUUUUUGGAUGUUCUGGGGAACAGUUGGGUGAGUGAGAGAUAAUCCCAACACUUCUACCACAUUUCUUUGCUGAAUGUAAGAAACCAAAUGCUGUGACACGUUACAGGGGCCGGCGCCGGGCCCAGUAACGGACUGGGAUCAACGGGGUGAGGAAUCAGAGGGAGGGACGUGGUACUUGUGGACAAUGAGAUCUGCAUCGACUGUCAAUGAUUUAUAGAUAAUUGUUCGUUUUUCACACUGGUCACUGCUUUUUUUGUAGUUCGGUGGCCUCCGCGUGGGCUCCCCGAACGUGCACCGAAGCCAUUUCUCUCUCGUGCAGCGAAUAGCACCAAUAAAAACUUGUUUUAUUCUUUUGUGGCAGUG